AUGCCAGCCCCAACCCCAAGCUCCGAGGCCCUCAGCCUCUUGUGGAGGCUUCAGGGCCCAUUGGAGGAGAGUAUCUUUGUCGUGCAGAAUUGGGACACUCGUAAUCCGCCACGCGAACCCUACGCCACCAGGGAUUCCGCGGGCAACCUCACCUGGCACGCUAUCUCGCAGGCAUCGCUCGCUGAACCUAAGAUCAAGUCCAUAAGCAUACAUGUCGAUGUUUUGGAACGCUGGCAGCGGGAAUGGAUCGAGUGGCACGAGCGGCACGCUAGUCCCGAAGACGAUCACUGUAUCUUUGGCGAGCUGCCUGACGACGAGCUCUACAAGUCAGAGGGCGACGACGAAGAAGAUGAAGACGACGAUGACGAUAGCGAGGGAGAGCUCCUACGCUGCUGCGACACUGAACGGCCAAAACGAGCACUGCCCCUUGGCAUCAAGGCGUCUAAUAUGCGAUACAUCACGAUCCACGACUACAUCUCGACGCUGCACCCGUGGCUGAUGGGCUUACGAGAGGACAUCGCAAAGGCCGAUAAUUUAUUAGGUGAUAGGAAACCUGAGGAGUAUGAAAAUCUAGUGGUGGAUAUUAGCAACCCUCACUGUCUGACGGUUAUGGAUGACAAACGGUUUCUCGGGACUAGGUAUACAGGUGCUCCAGUUCCCAUAGACACGAGCCAAGAGUACAUGGACUGGUUCAACAAGGUGUUGGUCCGUGACAGACCUAAUUGGGGUACCCCGAUUUCAAGACCAUAA